AUGGGAAAUACAGUUCGAGCCAAAUUAUUCAAGAUUCGUGAAAAGAAAAAAGCAAAGCAACAUAGCCGUUGGAUCGAUCGACAAAUUCAAAGUGAUUUAACAAAGAAAAAAUCCGAAAUAAAAUGUCUUGUAUCCGGUAUCUAUGGCUCUGGUAAAACAACUCUAAUUCAUCAUAUGGAUUUAAUUUAUAAUCCUAAUUUAUUAAAUGAGGAAAUUCUUGAGUGCAGAAAGCGAAUAUAUAUGGAAGUGUUCCGUUCGUUGAUCGCCAUUAUUCAAGAAAUGAAAAAAGAUCAAUGUCUAAAGCUAAAGUUUUUAUCUUAUUCUUAUCUUCUCGACAAUCUGUUGUGGCAUGCAAACUUAUCUAAUAAUGGUUGUAAACUUCCUUCGGAAAUAUCCAAUGCAUUAAAACGAUUGUGGUCAGAUGUUGAUAUUAAGAUUUGGUACAAACAGCACAAGGAUCGAUUAGACAGUUGUCAUCACUUUUUUCUGAAGAGAUUAAUGGAAAUUCUGAAUGAUAACUAUACCCCCGUGGAACAAGAUAUUCUGCACGCUGGUAACACAACCAAAAACAAUUUGAACGAAGUCAAGUGCCAAUUAGACACAGGAAUUACAAUAUGGCUUAUUGAUGUGUAUACUAAGUUGUCAUACACGUCUAACGCUAACAGAUGGCUCAACUACUUUAUAGAUGCACCAGCAAUUAUUAAUAUAGUUGAUCUCAGUUGCUACGAUCAGGUUGAUCAUGAAAACGGAUACAAUCCCAUGCAAGAAUCCAUUGCUUAUUUCCAUUCAUUAUGUCGUGCACAAUGGCUAAGAGAGUCAACAAUAUUUCUUUGUUUAAACAAAAAAGAUAUAUUCGCUAGCAAGAUCACUCAUUCAAGCUUGAGAGGAUACUCUCCUGAUUAUACCGGCCGUGAUGACUACAAUGAGGCAGCUCAAUAUAUACUAUCGCAAUUCCUUCAGAUGAACACAAACGAACAUAUGUACAACAUCUAUCCUUUAUUUACAUUGGCUAUUGACCCUGAAAGUGUGCGACUUCUGGCGUAA